AUGUUGGAUUCACUGCAUAAAUUAGACCAGGCGACAGAAUCAUCGUUUAGUACCGAGCUGAAACGACUUUUUCCGGUCACAAUGCAGUUAAAAUACAAGACUAUUGAUCCAACUGUUUAUUUCAAGAUCAGAGAGCACAGAGUGAGCACUUCGUACAAAACGGUAAGUCGAAAUAGCUGUUCACACUGACAUGUCAUGUCAUGUCAUGUCAUGUCAGAAUUAUAACUUUUCUAGCCAUCCAAAUUUAGCCUCUCAAACCUGACGUCUUACCUAAACGUUUUAUAUGCACGCAGUUUUCAUAAUACAUUUAAAUUUAUUAAAUACAGUUUAACAUUUGCGAAUGCAAAUCUCGAGUUCUGAAGUGUGAAACUCUGAGAGCAAUGUAUUUUACAAGAUUUAAAACACUCAAUAAUUCACUGAUGACGAAAAUUAAGGCGGAGGAAGUCACUACCGUCUCGGUAGUUGUAUAUUUGAUAAAAAAUCAUGUUUAUUUAUACCAACUUUAUAGCUUUGAUUUACUCGGCUAAGACAUCGUUUAUUUCUAAAAUUACUUCGCCAAUGAAAUCAUCAGAGGGGUCGUUUUUUAAGCCAUUUAAAACACUCGCACUCAUAAAGCACUCCUGCAUGUUCAUGUUUUAAAUAGUACAUAAAUUUUACUUUGCCAUGCACAGAAUCACACACAAAGCGCCAACACAACAACGUCGUAGUGUGCAUGUCCCAGCCAUUACUCAUUAGUUCCCAGUCCUUACACAAGCUUGUGAGAAUGUGAGUUGAUUGAACUUUUCUUUUCUAGAAUGCCCACCAUGCAUACCUCACUGAUCCUUGUUUGCAUCGCGUGGAUUUCGCUGAGUCUUAUGUGGUUGAGUACCUCAGCUGAACUAAAGGCAAGUAAUUCUACAGUAACACUAUAGUAAUCUCCACUUAUACUGUAUAGAUGGGUUAGGGUUAGGUCACUAAGUAUAGGAUAUGCGUGAUAGCUGAAAUACCUUUCUAUUGUAGAAAGUCAGUCUUCGGGGUUAUGAUCCUGGAAAAUGUAAUAAAGGAAAUCAUGGCAAGUUAGUCAUGGUCAAAAAUCGUGAGGACAAUGACAAACUGUUGGUCUGUGCUGAAGAAAAUAAAGUUUAUCUCUGGAAACCAACUGAUGGUAAGGUUUCAUAUUGCAUUCUUAUUAUACAAGAUGACACAACUCACUGAAAUUAAUCAGGAUUUUGCAAACGAAUCUUUACAAGGUUCCAAUCCAACGGGAGAGUAUUUCAAUCCUGCGUAUGACUGUUCAGAUGCUCUCAACAAAAUCUCUGAGGCGAAGGAUGGGUUUUAUUGGAUCAAGUUAUCUGGAAAUAUUCCAAAAAAGGUACUUCUAUAUAUCAGCCAUGCUCGCUGCAAUUUAUGAUCGUGAUAACUGGUUUACGCCUUUACUCUACAACACUUUUUGUUCUAGGCGUAUUGUGACAUGAGCACUGACGGAGGAGGCUGGGUGCUAAUUGGUCGUAAAACAAACGCGGUCACGUGGACAGUACCAUCUAAUAACAAGACAGUUGAACCAUUUGGCGAACCUCAUUGGUCCAGCUCACUUGGUGAUGCUCCAAUCGUCGACUUCCGGGUUCAACUAGCAACACAAGAAGAUUUUAGUGCAACAAAGGCUCAUUGGUGGGUACAUUAUCAAGAAGAAAAUUUAAAUCGUAAAUCUGUUCUUUCGAAAGUUGUCUUGCGUUGAGCGGUAUUCUGUUUACAAGCAAUCAUCACUGUUUAGUGUUGCUUACAUGUAUUAGGGCCAGAUGUCCUGUAAAUCGUCAAUUUUGUUACACAACAUAAAAUUAACAUUAGAACUCAGGAGAAAUAAGUUUGUUUUCUAGUUAAUUAUUGAUCAUGGUGGUCAUUGUGGAUGCAUAAUAAACAUAAUCAUAAUAUAAAUUAAAUGGAUGGUAAUGGUGAUGUCAUGAAUAAUCAGUGAACUCUAUAUAUAUAUAUAUCUGGAACGAUAACAUUCAGUCAUUUGAUUGCGAAAAAAAUGAAGCCUCGAUACCAGUCUUUCACGCGGAUUGGACGUCAGUCUCAGUCCCUCAAACGUCAGGUUUACGCGGAUUGGACGUCAGUUUCAUUCCCCCUCUUGCAAACCGUUGCACGGCCAGUAUAAAUUUGAACGCAAUCACGAAAAAAAAAUUAAAAACAUGGCCAACUCAAUGCAAUACAUUUUAGGAGCAAACUGUUUUGCUCCUAAAAUUUACUGCAUUGAGUUCGCUGUCGGAAAAAAGUCGAGGAAAACUUCCCCGUGUGGAGAAAAGAAUCACUUUUUCAAAUAUAUUGUGUCGUACUGUCGUUCUGGAUGCACAAGGAAAGAGAUAUUCUUGCGAGAAAAUUUCAUUUCACAGGUAGGUAAAUUGACUUGCAACUGUGACUUUGCCGUUGCCAUUUUUCGCGAUUGUUUGAAUUGUUUUUUAGUUUACCAGUUUUAUAGUUUUUAGUCAAUACACUGGUACGUUAUUUUUUAAAGAAUUUAUUGUGUGGUCGGAAUUUGCCUGCCAGCAAAAUGUAAAUGAAUAUGUACGUGUGUUUGAAUAUAAAUUAGACCAUAUGGGCUUAGUAAAAAAUUAUUUUAAUAACUACGUUUCGGAGUAUAACUCCAUCUUCAGGUUAAAAGUGAAUAAAGAUAUAAAAACUGUGAUAAAAACUUUCAAAACAAUUACAAAUUUUAUAUGUAAGUGAUUUUUAAUACUGUAAGAAAGUUCUUGAACAGUUGAUGACGAAGACAAUGACGAAUACUUAUGUCGUGAUUUUUUUGUCGGCUUCACUUUUCGCUCGCUGUUAUCGUUCCAGAUAUAUAUAUAUAUAUAUAUAGAGAGUUCACUGUGAAUAAUACGUACGAUGAGUGCUUUAAAAUUCUUUCCAUAACUGUAUAGGUCAUUCAGACUAAAGACCAAACGUCCUUUAAAGAAUCUUUUGAUGCUCAAUGAAGGAGGAUGUGGUAGACUAUCGCCAGGAAUUGGAAAUAUUUCUUAUGUUAAAGAUCUUGAGACUAACGAGAUUGUCACGACAAAAUUUCGUUGUUCACAAUUCAGUUCUUAUCAUUCCAAGUCAGACGGUUUUGGUUGGGUAAGUUUUUUUCAGGCCACAAAAUAUUUCAUAUUACAAUCUUGUUCCUUCACAUAUUCUAAAUUCGAGUUAAGAAACUCUGACGUUUAAUUCCAGAAUUGCAGAAUUACAUGAAGUUAAAUUUAUUAUAGGACAUGUUGAACAAUUGUUUGAACCGUCGAUGUUCACCUGGUUUUGCCUUCCACAAAAAGUAUCCAGUACAAAUUGACUAUUCAGGAGCUUUUAGGUAAGUAUCACACUGGGGAAGAUGGUUCUAUGGCGGUUUGUGACUGCUUCUUUGUUUGGAGGAAAUCGCAGUGAAUGAACGCUAUUCGUUUGACAUGCGUACAUCAUGGCAAAACAAUGAUCUAUAAUGCUGCAUAUUUAAUCUUUUCUACAGCUAUAGUUCGUCUGGAAAUACUUCAGGAAUCACCCAUGAGUCAACCUCAUUUAUUGGCUGUGAAAAUCAUAAAGUAAGUUUCUCUUGGUAUUAUUUUAGUAAUAAUCCGUGGUAACGUUAAAAGCAAAACAUCAGUAAUAUAAUAACAGUUCAUGAGUAUAAAUUAGCCAACCAUAUUACUUUACCUUGCUCACACGAUGAUACUGGAGACUUGGUCAGUAAAAUAUAUUGAUCUAGUCCUGGCACUGAUCAAAAUUAAUUCAGACCAAGGAGUUGGUCAAAAUUAAAUUACUUUACUCUAAUGAAAGUCUAUGAGAUUUCAAACCCUCAAACCCGAAUUGAUUUUCUCCCUGCAUGCAGUUAGACCCGUUUUGAUUCACAUCACAAAGGUCACAAAAAAUUGGUAUGAUUUUUCUUACCACUUCAGUGCUGUGGUUGUUUUGGUCCUGUUGGUGGCAAGAAAAAUUACUGUGGCAUUGAAUGCAGAGCUAAAAAUGGUGGAACUAUUGAAAAGAAUGUCUACACAUGGUUUUGGGUGAGAUCAUCACUACCAAAAAGAGUCUGGAACAAAUGUAUGGAGUACAAAGUGACUGUUGGUCAAGGAAAAGUGGUUUGGUACAAGUUAUACAAUGGAAAUGCUGUUCCAGUGAUGGUCAGUCAUUUUACUUUCCUUCAUUUAUUUCUAUGAUAAUAACUAUUAACAUCGCUUAAAUAUUGUGGUUUGGGAAUCGUUUUCUUUUUAACUUUUGAAAUAAAAGUGCAAUAAACGACCAUAACUUUUUUGUGUCUUUUUAGGGUCGAUGUGAUCAGAAUGAAGUUCUUCUGAACGAUGGCGUAAGGCAUUGUAGAUAUAAGAUAUGUUAAACACAGUGAAAUGAAUACAACUGGCCUCCAACUGGAAAUUUGAAGCCAAACUUGAAAGCCAUGCAGUCCCAUUCAUUUCACGCAUGCAAAGAGCGCGGCCAAUCAGUCCAUUCAGGAACAUGAAUAUGUAUUUUUGAAAACCAUCUUAAAAUUUACACAAAAAGCUAGCUUUUAACAGCGCUUAAAUUAGCUUCUUCUUAAUGCAUUUAUUUAUGUAAACCUCCUAGUAGACUUUACUUUUAGUUUUUUUCUCAUUUUCUAAUAAUUGUUUACGCGAGAGAAUCGCGAGGCAUAAACACGUGGGUCUUGAUCACCAGACACGCGUGUCUGGGUGUCAAAUUUGGCUUCAAGGAAGGCAGUUUAUCUGAAGGUAGCGUUCCAGUUAUAUUCAUUUCACUGGCUAAACAUAAUACAAAAAUGAAGCGUAAUAUUUUUUCCCGUUAAAACCAGGUUGAAACCACUAAUCUCAUAUAUAGAACUGGACAAACUAAAUAUGCCAGCCUACUACGGUCUACGGUCAUAUUCCUUUACAGAUUGUUGUUGUCCCAGAUAGUGCCGCUGCCCAGAAAGUACCGCCUGUGCCAGGGUUACUGGAAUACCGCAAGGACACCAAGAAACUUUAUGUAAGAUCAAAUGAAACAUGGAAUGUGAUUGGUGAAGACAAGAAGGUAACAUUGACUUUGAUAUUCCCAUUAAAUAAUUUCCCAUGCCAAAAUACUGGAGAUUUAAACAAUACAAUGCAAUUUAUUUAAAGUCAAAAGCAUAGGGAAUGGUUGCACAAUUUCCCGAGCCAUAAGCUCAUGUUAAAAAUGCUUGACUAUAUCUGCUCUAUAUGUACAAUUAUAAAAUAGGUAAUUAGACUAUUUAAUUAAACAACUAGAACUAAAUUUAAAAUAUUAAUUAUAAACGUUAAAAGUUGUAUACAUCUCGCACACUUACAACCCAGAUUUGACUUGUCAGUAAAAUCUAUUGUAGAAAUUAGAGUACAAAACUCGGUUAAUUAACGACUUAGAGUUUUUAAUAUUAGUUAUAUUAGUUAGUUAUACUUAAGCCGGCUAGUACGAAAUCCGAACGAGGUAUUACAACUGACCACGGUUAAUAGAAUUAGAUUAACCGUGAACUGACUAAUUUAAUAUCUUGAUAUGUUCUAUACCAAUUAGCUUAAUAUAAAAUUGGAAAAACUGGAGAAAAAUGUGGCUGAACUCAAAACACGGUUAGGAAGUGCAAACAAGACUGUCAACGAUCAUAUCAUGGACAAAGGUUGGCAAUGCAGUUAUUUUGUAUCGUUAUUUAGUCUAAUUAAAUUAUCCCUACACACUUACUCACAAUCUUAAUAAAAAGUUCAACAUGUACAAUGUUAUUUGACUACGAUAACUUAUCGUACUAUGAAGUAUGAAAAGUGCCGGUAUAUAGUUAUACUAAGGUUACAAUAUCUAAUUUGGUUGUUCGAUGUAAGUGAGAAUUUCAUGGUAAACAUUUAUCUAGGCUUCAAAUGCAAUUGCUCCCUGCAAAGAUAGUAUCAUCACGGAGGGGGAAUGGGGGAUAGAGAGUCGGGGAGUCCGGUGCCCCCUAGACUUUCCAAAGUCCGCGGUUCGUGGUUCCUGGAAGCGACGGACUUUUGUCACCCGCAAGCGCGCCAAAUUCACCGGUGCAUAUUUGCUCCGGUGACGUCAGUGAAUGCUCAUUAUUAUUAUGAACAAAACAAUUAUAACUAGUGAAAUCGACAUGGUGAACGCCCACUAUAUCAUAAUUGAUUUUCGCGCCAAAUUUUUCAGUAAGAUUCAAAAUCAGGCAAGUGACGCAAGUCGCUCGCUUCCGUCUUUCUCAAGCGCUCCCUUCUUGCUACGCGCGGUCCCUAGCGAGCGACUUGGGCAAGUCUAGGUGCCUCCUUACACUUUUCUUCAGGACCAAUUUUGUAAUUCUUUCAAAACUGAGCCGAAAUUGGGGGUCGCGUAAGUCGCGUAACCUCUCGAUGUUUUUAUCCACGACAUAAAUAUUUCAAACGUAUCUAAAUUGCAUGAAAUAGCGUUUCGCAGACCCUAAAAAUAGAAAAUUUUCCUGGGGACGAUGUCCCCGACCGACCAGACGAUUAGGUCCUCCCACUGGUUUGGGGCUGGCUACGCCCCCUGAUUAUGAUUUCAAAUCAAUCCUCACAACCACCCGCUACUGCUUUGAAAAGUGUUUGUUCUAGAUAUUUGGCUCUGAACAGUUUUAGGAAAGGUUUGCAAUUCACAUCUUGACAACACAUUCUUAUUCUGUUAGUUCAAUCCACCACAAGCAAACCUACAUCGGCAACAGCGACACCCACCAAAGUCAGAAGUUGUUCAAGUUUAUACAAAUCUGGUGAAAGAAAAGACGGUGUUUACACUAUUAAUCCUGAUGGCCUUGGAUCUUUCAAAGUCAGAUGUGAUAUGCAAACAGAUGGUGGAGGGUGGGCAGUGUUCCAAAGAAGACAAGACGCAAGUGUAGAUUUCUAUCGUGGAUGGCAAGAUUACAAAAAUGGUUUUGGUGAUCUUAACGGGAAUUUUUGGCUUGGGUUUGAUAAAAUACAUCGUUUGACAAAAUCAGGACAAAAUGUUCUAAGACUGGACUUGAUGGAUUGGACUAACGACACAGCGUACGCAAAGUAUGGAUCAUUUUCUGUGACGUCUGACGGUUAUAAACUGAACCUUGGUAGUUUUUCAGGUGAAUAUGAUUUGAUAAAUAUGAAUUUUAUACAAUACAGCACAAGUCUUAAGGUCAUGUUACAUGCAGCAGGCAACUUUUGCAGCACCUACAGCAAUGCAAUUUCGGACAUAAAGCCAUGUUAUCUAAAACGUAGUCAUAUAUGACUGAAAAAUGUUGGCGGCAGAGUAAAAUGUAGGCCAUACUCACAAUUUCUCAGUGACUACGUUUAAAAAUUUGUAUUAUACUAGUACGCAAGUAUGACGGUGUUUUAAUAAUCUAUGAAAUUAUAAAGGCUGUAAACCCAAAUCAUGCACAGACAAUUUUAAACGAAAACAUUAAAAUAUGCUCAAAAAGGUUAGCCAUUGAAAAUUGGACAAUACCAAAAAAAUGGCAAACACUGUUUAAAAUUAAACUUGUUGAUAUGAUAAUAUACACAUUUUAAACUUAUCACAAACUCUAAAAUCCCAAAUUUUUUAAGGACUUUUAUAUAUCUAAGGUAAUGCUGGUGAUUCGUUGAAAUAUCACAACGGAAUGAAGUUCACUACUUACGAUAGAGAUAAUGAUCAAGGUGACGGCGAAAACUGCGCUGUGUCUUGGCAAGGUGCUUGGUGGUAUAAGAGCUGUCAACACUCCAACCUCAAUGGUCGCUACCUCAAGGCAGGGGAGACUUCUGCGAAAGGAAUAAGAUGGUGGCACUGGAAAAGCGACAACAGAUCCAUGAAGAAAACUGAGUUGAAAAUACGUCCUGCUGGAUUUUAG